GUAGCACAAAAACGGAAGCAGGGAUGUCGGUUAGUUACACUGUGACAACAACUAACAUACACUGUAACAAGGAAAGGAAUAAAUUGAAGUGAGAUUCGUUACCACCAUAAAUUUAUUUGUUAUUGUCACUUUCGGUUGCAACAAUUCAACAGAGAACUGAAAGUUACAUCACCACAAACACAAAUGGGUAACGCACAUGGACAUCAUCAUCGCAAACACCGUUUUUCCGUUCCAAACAACACGGUUCCUCCUCCUACUCCACCUUAUAAAUACGGUUCUACUUCUCAGCUUCAUAAUCCACCAAACAACAACAACAUGAUUUCUUUGCCUUACGCCAACGCCGACAUUACUCUCCGUUCCCUCGCCGCUCAGGCUGAAGGCUUUGGCCGCUUCGCAACCGGUGGACUUCAUGGUUCUCUUUAUCAUGUCACAUCACUCUUAGAUGAUGGACCGGGAUCAUUGCGUGACGCAUGUCGCAAAAAAGAGCCUUUGUGGAUUGUGUUUGAGGUUUCUGGUACAAUUCAACUUUCGUCUUACUUGAGUGUGUCAUCAUACAAGACCAUUGAUGGAAGGGGCCAAAGGAUUAAGCUGACUGGAAAGGGUUUUCGGCUGAAGGAAUGUGAACAUGUAAUCAUUUGUAAUUUAGAGAUCGAAGGGGGCAGAGGACCUGAUGUUGAUGCUAUUCAGAUUAAACCUAAUUCAAAACAUAUAUGGAUAGAUCGUUGCACUCUCAGUGAUUUUGAAGAUGGGCUCAUUGAUAUCACUCGAGGAAGCACUGAUAUUACAAUUUCAAGGUGUCACUUUCAUCAGCAUGACAAAACAAUACUCAUUGGAUCAGAUCCCAAACAUGUUGAUGAUAGAUGCAUGAAGAUCACCAUACACCACUGUUUUUUCAAUGGUACUCGACAAAGGCAUCCUCGUGUUAGGUUCGCAAAAGUACAUCUGUACAACAAUUACACCAGAAACUGGGGUAUAUAUGCUGUUUGUGCAAGUGUUGAAUCCCAGAUAUUCUCUCAACAUAAUAUCUAUGAAGCGGGCCAGAAGAAGGUUGCUUUUAAGUAUCUUCAUGAGAAGGCAGCAGACAAGGAAGCUGAAGCAACUGGACACAUAAUUUCUGAAGGAGAUAUAUUUUUAAACGGUGCUCAACCAGGGUUGAUGACAGAGAAUAUUGGCAUUAAGGUGUUUCAUCCGAGUGAACACUAUCUCACAUGGACAGUGGGAGCUCCUACAGAUGAUCUAAAGCAAGUUCUUCAUCACUAUACCGGAUGGCAAUCUGUUGCGAGGCCAGCCGAUCAAGCCGUUUGCGCAGAAUAAGCAUUCACCAUCGGCUGUAAACUGAACUGAUUGAUCUCCUUUGCCCCAAGUCUAUUUUAGGACUAGCAAGUUAGUUUUUAGUUCAUGUGUACAUAUAUAAUUAUAAACAUAAGUGCAAGUGCAUUAUGUAUAGUCUACUAGGUCUUACAAAGUUACAAUACUCUCAAGACCUGAAAGCUUUACAAUAAUAAUACUAUGAUUUUGUUAACAUCAAUCAAAUGUUUAAGAUUGAGAUUACCAAAGUGGAAAGUUUAUUUAGUGA